AUGACAAGUGAAAACACAAAUUUUGAAUUAGAGAUUAGUGAUGAUGGAAAUGAUGCUGAUGAGUUUUUACAGAAAGCUUCUCAAAUAGCAAGUGAAACUGCUUUUCUUGAAGAUGAUGGGUUUAUUCAAAAUCCUAUUCAAAAUAGUGAAUCAACACUAACUUCUAACUCUACUACUAAUGGGUCACAGUCUGAAACAGAAAAAGAACAAAAAAAUACUACACCACAAUCAACUGACUUAGAAAAUGAACCACCUUUAUUAGAAGAAUUAGGUAUUGAUCUUAAUAAAAUUGGUAAAAAAAUGGUUCAAAGUUUAAAUCCAUUUUCAACACCAGAUGUAAGUGAAAGCGAUGUUAUUGGUUCAAUAAUUAUUUCAUUUGCAUUAGGAAUAGUUAUUUUAUUAAAUGGUAAAUUAAGGUUUGGUAACAUUUAUGGAUUUAGUAUUAUAGCUUCUUUUGUUGAAUAUUUAGUAAUGAAUUUAUUAUCAAAUAAAAAUAUGAAUUAUUUAUUAAUAUUCACUCACUUUGCUUAUAACCUUUUCCCAAUGAUCUUUUUUGGGUUAAUACUAUUCGUCUUGAAUAGUUUUAAAGCUGCAAAUUUAACUAUAUUAAUUACAUCAUUUGUAUUUGUAGUUAUUUCAACUUAUACAUGCUCUAAAACUAUCAAUUCACUUAUGGAACUUCCAGAAAAGAUUUUAUUGACUAUUUACCCAAUAUCACUUUAUUAUGGACUCUUUAUAUUAUUCGUCAUAUUUUAA